GUAAAUUUAAGUGCUGUAGCGCAACCAAUUUGAUGCAAACGCAACGACGAGGAAGAUUCUAUUCGCGAGCCUUGACUGAGAUCCCACGCCCAUUCCUAAGCAACGAGAACAACUUUGUCAGUUCUGCGUUUACAGAAGACUGUCGGCGAUUAAGAACUGUUAAUAUCCUCAUCUUCCAGCCGCUUCGUGUAUUUGUGAGCCCACUGUCUCUCUUUAACAUUCAGGUAACUGCAAUCUCGCAACAGUGUCGGAGACGAGAUGGUUUUGCAGGUCGCGGAGAGGUCAGAGGGUAAAGGCUAUUCACCCAGCAUCCUCGGUUGUAGAAUACACAGCCAUCUUGGAUCUGCGGGGAGAAGAGAAAUUAAUGCGGUGACAAACAGCAUGUUUGGUGCUUCAAGAAAGAAGUUUGUAGAGGGGGUCGAAAGCGACUACCACGAUGACAGCAUGUACUACAGCCAGUCGUCCAUCUUCCCACCUCAUCGGUCAGAAAAAGACAUGCUGCAAUCUCCAUCACCAUCAACGUCAGGUCAACUGUCUCAGUUAGGUGCAAGUUUAUACGGCCCACAAAGCUGUGAGCGUUCCAUAAUAGAGAAAAUUGAAGAGGCAAGAUGGGAUGCCCUGGCGAGGGGGGAGGCAGGUGCACUAGGUGUCCAAAUGAGGGGGAUGAGCAACAACAACCCUCAGUUAAAUCGCAGCUUAUCACAAGGUCCCCAGUUACAGAGCCAUGUAACUCCGACGACAGGAGUGCCGACCAUGUCUCUCCAUACUCCACCGUCACCAAGCAGGGGCAUUUUGCCCAUGAAUCCCAGGAAUAUGAUGAACCACUCCCAGGUCGGGCAGGGAAUCGGCAUGCCAGGACGGACGAACAGUAUAAGCAGUUCAGGGUUAGGCAGUCCAAACAGAAGCUCGCCCAGCAUAAUAUGUAUGCCAAAGCAACAGCCCUCUCGGCAGCCCUUUACCAUAAACAGUAUGUCUGGAUUUGGAAUGAACAGGAAUCAGUCGUUUGGGAUGACCAACUCGUUAUCGAGCAACAUUUUUAAUGGGACAGACGGGAGUGAAAAUGUGACGGGGUUGGACCUCUCAGACUUUCCUGCACUAGCGGACAGAAGUAGAAGGGAAGGAAGCGGCAAUCCAACUCCGUUGUUAAAUCCAUUGGCAGGGAGGGCUCCUUAUGGUGAGCAUUUUUUUGAAGUUGGGAUGGUAACAAAACCAGCAAGUGAACAGUCUCAAGAUUUCUCCAUCCACAACGAGGAUUUCCCUGCAUUGCCAGGCUCCAGCUAUAAAGAUCCUACGUCAAGUAACGACGACAGUAAAUCCAACUUGAACUCUUCGGGCAAAAAUGCGUCCAAUACAGAUGGACCUAAAUUCCCCGGGGACAAGGGUUCGACUGUGCAAAACAACAACCAGCAGAAGAAAGGCAUUCAAGUGUUACCGGACGGCCGGGUGACUAACAUUCCUUCAGGGAUGGUAACGGACCAGUUUGGAAUGAUCGGAUUGUUAACAUUCAUCCGGGCAGCGGAGACGGACCCUGGAAUGGUACACCUUGCAUUAGGAAGUGACCUGACAACACUAGGUCUCAAUCUCAACUCUCCAGAAAAUCUCUAUCCCAAAUUUGCAUCACCAUGGGCAUCAGCCCCUUGUCGACCUCAAGAUAUUGACUUCCAUGUUCCAUCCGAGUAUUUAACGAACAUUCACAUAAGGGAUAAGCUGGCUGCAAUAAAACUGUCCCGAUACGGAGAAGAUCUUCUUUUCUACUUGUACUACAUGAACGGAGGAGACCUUUUACAACUUUUAGCGGCGGUAGAGCUAUUCAACCGAGACUGGAGGUACCACAAAGAAGAGAGAGUGUGGAUUACCAGGGCGCCGGGAAUGGAGCCAACAAUGAAGACCAAUUCCUAUGAGAGGGGGACGUACUACUUCUUUGAUUGUCUUAACUGGAGGAAGGUAGCUAAGGUAAAGGAGUUUCACCUGGAAUACGACAAACUAGAAGAAAGGCCUCAUGUGCCGUCAACCUUCAACUAUAAUCCAGCUCAGCAAGCCUUCUAAAAGACUUCCCUGUUCAUGGGGUAUGGCUGUCUCAGCAAGCCUUCUAAAAGACUUCCCUGUUCAUGGGGUAUGGCUGUCUCAGCAAGCCUUCUAAAAGACUUCCCUGUUCAUGGGGUAUGGCUGUCUCAGCACAUUACUCACGGAAACUGCAGAAACUGAUGCGGAUCAGGCAUCCUGGUUUUUAUUCCUUGAGGAUCUGGCAAUUGACUUAGGCAGAGGGUUCACCAUUUAGAGGGUCCUGCCUUACUAGCUGUGCUGCCCAACACCCAAAGCUUGUAUUAUUAUUUCCUUUUAAUUAAGCAGGGUCUACAUUGUGUUUACACCUCUGGCAGACCAUAAUCUGUCAAAAGGCAGGAACACUGACACAAAAAUAAAAGGUUUAUGCUUAAUUUUUCAAAGUGUAAGAGAAAAAGAAAACCCAGAAAAAAUGCAAUGUCUAUUGUAGCACUAUUUGGUAAUAAAAAACAAAAAUUGUUUGUGCAUUUUUUUAUUUUUUUAUUUUUUAAUGUGAAGAUCCUUCUCGUAUUUUGUUUGGAAAGAAAAGCAGCCUGUAAACCUGUCUUUGUUUUUACUCCACUCUCCUCCCCACCCCAAAACCUUCCUUUUCCGAAGGGCUUUUUCUGCCUAGCUUAAUACAAGACUGUUUUAAGUGAAAGUUAUUGCCACAGCCUCUGGAUGGUUCUCCAGGGUUGUAAUUUACUGAGCUUCAUCUUUCCAGAAUGAGCAAACACUGUCCAGUCUUUGUUACGAUUUUGUAAUAAACGUGUACAUUUUUUUAAUUUUUGGACAUCACAUGAAUAAAGAUAUGUAUGUACGAAUGUGUAUAUAUUAUAUAUAUAUGACAUCUAUUUUGGAAAAUACUUGCCCAGCUGUACCUCAUUUUUAGGAGGUGUGCAUGGAUGCAAUACAUGGAAACAGGACAUUCUGGAACUGCUACUCUGGGGACCACAGUGUUGCCCUGUGCACUUACAAAAAAUAAGAGGGCCAGAUUUUCAGCAGCCAAGGACAUCCAUACCCAAGUGAACAUGAUGGGACUCGAGGAAGUGAACUGAGACAAUUCACUCUGGCUGUUUGAACAGCAGCAUUUCAUAGGAAAAAAAUUAUUACAAAAACAAAAAAAAACAAAAACAAUCUUGUAUUUUCUGACCACGUUAAAGCUUCUUCACUUUGUAAUAAAGUAGAAAAGCUCUCCUCA